AUGAAUAAAAGAAAUGGCUCUAUGUCAUCCUAAACUACUUAGCUGCACUAGUUAUCAAAUGUAUUUGAAAUAAUUGCAAAAUACAGUAUUUUAUGUUCAGAAGAUAAGUAUAUACAAAAAAAAAACAUUGCACAAUUAAGUAAAUAUGAAAAACCUCGUUAAAGAAGAUCACAGUCCUUACUAUAAUAAGUAUUGGAAAAAAAAAGCGAACUAUAAUCAAAUUUAUAAAAAAGAAAAUGCUUUAUGCAAAAAAGAAAAUAUAUCGUCUGA